UUCUCUCAAUCAUUAGUCCUCUUCUCUUACCAAAUUACCCAUCUCCUCUUCCUUCCUUCCUCUCUGCCAUCAGCCAUGGCCGCCAUUACCGCCAUUAACGCCUCCUUCUAAGCUCUACACCUUCUUCUUCUUCUUCUUCAUGUCAAAUUCUGAAACUGCCGACAGCUCUAAUGGCGCCGCCAUCGACACCCACAAAAACCAGCCCUCUUCCAACGGAGCCCUCGCCGUUAAAAAGCCCCCUUCCAAGGACCGCCACAGCAAGGUCGACGGCCGUGGCCGUCGCAUCCGUAUGCCCAUAAUCUGCGCCGCUCGUGUCUUCCAGCUGACUCGUGAACUUGGUCAUAAAUCCGAUGGCCAAACCAUCGAGUGGCUCCUCCGUCAAGCAGAGCCUUCUAUUAUUGCUGCCACCGGCACCGGCACCACUCCCGCCAAUUUCUCUUCCAUUUCUCUCUCCGUCAGAGGAAAUGGCAGCUCCGCCUCUCUCUCUUCCACUACUUCCACUCUCUCCCUCUCUCGUCCCCAGCCGUUCUUUCUUGGCAAACGUGUGAGAGCCGACGACGACGGCGGUACUGACGAUGGGUUGGGAGUGGGUCCGAGUGGGUACUGGGCGAUUCCGGCCAGACCGGAUUACGGGCAGGUGUGGAGUUUCGCGGCUGCCGCCGCCGCGGAACAGGGGAUUUCUCAGCCGGCGUCGUUGUUUGCCCAACAGCAGCAGCCGAUUAGAGAAGCAUCGGCAGCGAGAGUUGGGAAUUACCUUCCGGGUCAUCUGAAUUUACUGGCGUCCUUGUCCGGUGGCGGCGGUGCCGGCCGGCGGGAAGACGAUCGUCGUUGAGAUAAUCUUAGAAAUUAUCUGAAUUCAUCGUAUUUUGUAUAAAUAUCUGUGUGUCAAUCACUUUCUUGUGUGCAGCUAUAACGUAAUUUUAGUCGGAAUUUACUUGGAAUCACAAUUCUUAGGUCGAAUUUCAUUUUAGAGUAUGAAUUUUCUAGAGUUUUUUUGGUCGGAUGAGAAAACAGAACAAGAAGAACAGGAACAGAGCUGGGUUGAACUGAGCUGAGCUGGAAUCGGAGUUCUGGUUUUUGGUCGGAAUGAGCUUGUUUGAAGCAGUGGCGGCCAUUGGAAGCGAUUCUGAACCUUGAUCUUCAUCCAUGGAAGCUCCAAUCUGUGUCUGUAAGACCUCUGUUUUUUCCGAAGAAUUUGAAUUGUAUUCUUAGAAUUUGUUGGGUGUGACAAUAAUGGUGUUUUUGUUGUUCUUUAAAUCAGUGGAUUGUUUCUGGGGUUGAUCUGAUAUGAAUAAGAAUUCCAUUGUUAUGGCUAAAAGCAGAGUUCUAAGCUAUGAAUUCAA